UAGCUAAUUUUAGAUUUAAGAAGUUUCAGAAACAGUAACCCAGGCACAGGAUAUAGUGGGCUUAACUUUGUACGCAACAGUAAUUUUGGUGAUAAUAUGUUUCCUUAGAAAUUGUCCUUGUCCCUUACAGUUAUAACUUCACACUCUGUCUGGAGUUUUUUCUGUGGCAACAGUAAAUGCCAGUCUCACUCACACGUACUGUUUGCCACCACUGCUGCAACUACCACACUCUGCACACACACAUGCACAUGCCCAAACAUGCACACACACACACACACACACACACACACACACACACACAUAUACAUUUAGCACAGCAUACACAGUAAAAACACACACCAGCUGUGUGGAGUAGAUCACAUUGUGGUUCACUGUCAGUUUGAGUCUUUGCCCCAGAUUCUUCUUGGCCCACAUACAAAAGAAACAACGCACUGACUUACAUAUGACCCUCAGGUGAACAUACACACACAUUGAUACACAAGAACUCAGUUCAUUAAAAAGAUUCCUCAGUCAUCAAAGUGGGUAACCACUGUAACCCAUAGCCUCUUAGGAAAAAAACUCGGUUUCUCUACAGAAACACACAUCCAUUUAUAAAGAUGCAGAUUAGAGCAACAUGAAACAGAAAUACAGAAAUAUAGAAUCAGAUACACUGACAGAUUAUUUGUGUGGGUUAAACAGUAAAAGCCUGAUGAGAGCUGAAUUAGAGCUGUGGAGUCAAAUGCUGCUGUUUAACUCAUAGUACUUUAACUUUAGCAGCCCCUGCUGGAUACUGCUGCAUAUGGUGCUGUUAUUUUAUUUCAACAGACAUUUUACCAUGUUGGGAAACAAGUGAAAGUAGUGGGAUCCAAACUAAACUUAGCAGCAAAAGACUGUGACACUGGAAAUCUGAUAUGUUGAAUAAAAAAUCUUUUAUCCAAGUAAUUAACUUGACAAGCUAUAACACAAUAUAAACAAGCAUAGCAAUGGUGGAAAGUAACUAAGAAGAUCUGUUGGGUAUUAUAAAGUUAACAUACAUUUGCAUUGUAAGUAUUUUUUUUUUUUACCUUAUUUACUUAUUUAAUGACAUUUUUACAGUACAAUUCUCUGAUGUUUCCCUCUGAGUAAUUCAGUUCUGAGGGAGUUUAAGGGUGCAGGCAUGACCCUGGUGGGUCUUGAAGGGGCCACUACUGCUGAAUUAGAUUUUUCAGCCACACAUCCUGUGCUGCUAUGGCAACUCUUGAAAAGCUGUGAGUUGCCCAGCUGAGGAGGAGUUUGUUGUAAGUUUCAGGAGUUUUUCACAGCAGAACCGGACAGCGCCGGAGUAAAGUUACUGAAAGGACGCUGUGAAGUGAUCCGGAGAAGGAGAGAAAAGUAGGAGAAACAUUAUUUCCUUAGCCAUACUUGUAGGAGCCAGAGGUCACCAUGUUUUCUCUGUCAGAGCUGGCGCCUCUGAACCAGCAUCAGAACAGGUCUAAAUUGUUGAAGCCCUGGUGGGAGGUCUUCAUGGACUACCUGGUUGUCCUGAUGCUGAUGACGUCCGUUCUGGCUUGCACUGAGCAGCUGUCCAGGGACCGAGUGGUGUGCAUUCCCUUGGAUCCUCUUGUCAAGGCAAAUACUAGCAAUCACAGUUCCUCAGCUGGUGGCAAUGUAGCAUUGACUCCAUUGUCAAAGCCCCAAACACACAUUCCACGGGACAUCAGCCCAAAUCUUCAUUCUACACCCCGGGGUCGACGUACUCAUCUGGUCUACCAGCAGUACAUUUACAUUAGCCAGGUGUGCUACCAUGAGGCUUUGCCUUUGUGCUCCCGUUUCUUUCCCUACAUGGCCUUGCUGCAGUCUCUAGUGCUGGUAGCCAGCGGCUCCUUCUGGCUGCACUUCCCCCACACCUCUGCCCGCAUAGAGCACUUCCUGGCCAUCUUAGCAAAGUGCUGCGAGUCACCCUGGACAUCUCAAGCUCUGUCCCAUGCUGCACAGCAGGAGAACAUCCAAGAGGAAGAGGUGGAGAGACGACCACCACAACCUCCUACCUCCUCAUCUUCACCCCCAGUGACUCGUACAAGACGUUCAAGCAUAGACUCAGGCACAGACAGCCCAUUCUUAAAAAGGUCAGAGAGCGUGUCCUCUGCCAUACCUCCCUCCCCAUGUCCUUCCACACUCUCCUGUAACUCCACCAUGUCAUCUGUAUCUCUCGGCUCCGGGGUGCACUUUCCUGGUUCAAACACAACAGUCAUGGCUGAUAAUCCCAGGCAGGUAAUCAGUCUGGAUAAAAGUGAUGGGGAACAGGCCAGGGCGCUGUUUGAAAGGGUCAGGAAAUUUCGGUCCCACUGUGAAAGCUCAGCUGUCAUUUAUAAGGUCUACUUGGCUCAGACGAUAUUCAAAUUGCUAAUGGUAACGCUGAUCGUGAGUUACACCAUCCCUCUUCUCAGCAACUUAUCCUUCACCCACACCUGUCACCCUGAGGAGCAGGCUCUGCUGGGCUACACUACCUUUGAGUGUAUCCAUGUGCUCUCCUCACUUCUACGCAAACUGAUGGUAGCCUAUCUGAGCCUGCUGGGGCUGUAUGGCCUGCUCAACUUUUACACCCUCAGCUGGAUUUUACACAGCUCUUUACGACAGUAUUCCUUCCAUUCACUGAAGGACUUGAGCUCCCUGAGAGAUGUUCCAGACCUGAGCAAUGACCUGGCCUUUCUUCUACACAUGUCAGACCAGUAUGACCCUUUGCUGGCCCAGCGCCUGUCCGUGUUUUUGUCUCCAGUCAGUGAAAGCAGACUGCUGGAGGAAAGCUUGGAGAGGCGCUGGGGGGAAGAGAAGCUACGUGCAAUGACCAGUGUGGACGCAGACGGUUGCUCCAGACUGCAUCUGGUGGCCCUGCCCCGCCUCCCUCCAGCCCUCUUCACCCUCAGCCAGCUUCAGAUCCUCAAACUGGAGCUCAUCACAGAUGCCAAGUUUACUGCACAGGUAGCCAACAUGACCUCACUCAGAGAGCUCCACCUCUACCACUGCACAGCAGCUGUGGAUCCCAGUGCACUUGGAGUCCUCCAGGAACGUCUGGAGAUCCUCCACCUCACCUUUACUCAGGCAUCAGAGAUCCCCAGCUGGGUCUUCUCUCUCCGCAGCCUACAUGAGCUCCACCUUUCUGGUCGCCUGAGCAGUGAGGGUGGAGUGGGCCGCAGCUGGGCACUGGGGAGCCUCCGCCAAUUGCGUCACCUCCGUGUACUGGUGAUUCGAGGCAUGUUACAGCGAAUCCCUGGGGAGCUGUGUGAGGUGACAGGCAGCUUGGUGAGGUUGGAGAUCUACAAUGAGGGCACCAGGCUGCUUGUACUGACGGGACUGAAGCGAAUGGUUGACUUGACAGAGCUGCUGCUGCAGGACUGCCAGCUGGAGCGUCUGCCUUCUGCACUGCUGGCUCUGACCAAGCUGCGGACACUUGACCUGCAGCACAAUAACUUGAGAACUCUGGAGGAGCUGCUUAGUCUGGCUCAUCUGCGGCGUCUUUCUUGCCUCAGACUUGCCUAUAACCGUGUUCUAGCGCUGCCAGCCAGUGUUGGGGUGCUUCGAGGCCUAGAGCUCCUGGAUCUGUCCAACAACCACCUCCAGAACCUUCCCCCAGCUCUCUUUACCCUUCUCCGCCUUCGUAGGCUCCUGCUGCCUGGCAACCUGCUAGAAGAGCUGCCUGCAGAGAUAAAGGCACUGAAGCUCCUAACAGAGCUAGACCUCAGUGGGAACAGGCUGGAGAGCCUGCCCCCUGAGCUAUUCAGUGGCUGCUUGGAGCUGCGCAUCCUGAAUGUGGCUCACACUUCUCUAAGCUCGUUACCCAUGGGGAUCGCAGCUCUAAGCCAGUUGUGUAGGUUGGACUUACGCAGUAACAGUCUGGAGGAGCUGCCUGCUCAGCUGGGCUGCUGCUCAGGGCUACAUGGAGGUGGUCUCCUGGUGGAGGACUGGUCUGUUGCUUUCUUUGCCCCCCAUGUCAGAGACUUCCUGAGUCGGUCUUGCCCCACCUCUGGUGUAUAUACAGAUGGUCCCUCUCGACCAGAGUCUGACAGUUUCCCAUACUUCUCUCCGACACAGUGGAGCUUCUCUUCUGCUCUGGAAUCACAGAUAUAAGACUAAUGACUAUCUGAUUGUGAACAGUAUCCUAAUACUAACAGUAUUCUGUCAGGCAUCUUUGUAUACUGAUAUAUUUUAUAUUUUUAAUGGGAUUUGCUUUUGCAAUGCUUUUUUAAUGCUAAGUUUGUCAGGCGUUCUUUUAGAAUGUAGUUUUCCUGUUGGCCCACCCAAAGUGAGACUUUACUACAACAGUGUUGCUGUAUGUAUAUUUUAGCAGAGAUAGUACACAUUUUGCACAUUAAACACAAUUACUUCUUUCA